AUGAAUUUCGAAGAAGUAAUAGGAGUUAUAAUGAAAGAAUCACAGUGUUCGAGAGAAGUUGCAAUUGAUUGUUAUUUAGAAUCAAAAAACAAUAUAACAAAUGCUGUAGAUUUAGCCAAAGAGCAUGUCAGGAGCAGGUUAACUACAAUUUUGUUAUAUAAAAACGGAUUGGUGGUUAAGAAAGGGGAUUGUGAAAAUUUUUAUGAUUAUGACGAUAAAAAAAAUAAAGAAUUAAGAGAUAUGAUUGAAAGGGGUGAAUUUGAUAAGGAUCUGAUUGACUGUUCAUGUGAUUCUAUUGAUGUUGUCAUAGAAAAUUUCGAAGAUGAAGAAUACUUUCUUUUAAAGAAAAGAAAACUUUGUUCUAUACGAGACAUUUAUAAAAUAAAACACGAAAAAUAUCCUGAGAUACCAGUUGAAUUACCUAAAGAAAUCAUUUUUGAUGAAAAGGGAGACGUAAACUUUGUGGUUGUUUACAAUAGAACAAAAUCGAUUAUUUGUAGAAUAGACUUUAAUUCUAAAAUAGAAAAGGUUCUAAAACAUUUUAAAAGUAUAAUAAACAAACCAGUAAAUUUAUAUAUAAAUAAUAAGAAAUAUAGUGGUAACCAAGAUGUUUCUGAUCUUGAUUGUUCUAUGGUAACAUUAGUGUUGGAUGUGACUGAUUAA